UGCUCCUCCUCCUCCUCCUCCUCUCCCCAGCCUUGCUCUCUCUUACCCUCUUCCCCCUCCGUUCAUUCAACUACUUCCCUCUCUCUUAGGCAGGAUGGCAGUAGGCCCGAUGCUGAUGGCAGCCCUGUGCCUGGCCCUGGCUCCCGCCACCUCCGCUCGAGUGUCCCUGCCUUUGCCUCGGAACCGUCUCUCGGAGCAGCCGAGCCGGUUCAAUUACAAGACUCGGUACUUCGUGCAGAAGAUUGAUCACUUUGGAUUUGUUGAAGAUUCCACAUUCAAACAAAGGUACUUGAUAACUGAUGCAUAUUGGAAUCAGGAUGGAGGCCCCAUUCUUUUCUAUACAGGAAACGAGGGCGACAUCACAUGGUUCUGUAAUAAUACGGGUUUUAUGUGGGAUAUCUCUAAGGAACUGGGUGCCAUGUUGGUGUUUGCUGAACAUAGAUAUUAUGGAGAGUCUGUACCUUUUGGAAAAAAAGCAUUCAGUAAUCCCAAGUAUCUGAACUACUUCACUUCAGAACAAGCUUUAGCUGACUUUGCAGUCCUUGUUAGAAAUCUCAAACAGACCAUUCCUGGAGCUCAGAAUAGUCCUGUUAUUGCAAUUGGAGGUUCCUACGGAGGAAUGUUGGCAGCUUGGUUUAGAAUGAAGUAUCCAAAUUUUGUUGUUGGAGCUCUUGCUGCUUCUGCUCCAAUAUGGCUGUUUGAAGAUUUAACCCCAUGUGAAACUUUCUAUGCUAUUGUAACUAAAGACUUCUCAAAGAGUGGAAAAGGCUGUGCUGAAAGCAUCAGACGUUCUUGGGAUGCGAUAAAUGAACUCUCAUCCGAAGCAGAAGGAUUGAAGUUUCUUUCAAGUACUUUUCAUCUUUGUUCACCAUUACAAGCAGCUGAUGUGGCUCUGUUCAAAAUGUGGCUGAUUGAAACUUGGGUUAAUCUAGCCAUGGUGGACUAUCCUUAUGAAGCCAACUUUUUAGAACCUCUUCCUGCCUGGCCUGUUAAGGUGGUUUGCAGCUUUCUUAAGAUACCCUCACUCCCUGUGAAGUCAUUGCUCCAAAAUAUCUAUCAGGCUGUGAAUAUAUAUUAUAACUACACUGGCACUGCUAAAUGUCUGAAUAUAUCCCAGACUUCAACUUCCACCCUUGAUGAUAAAGGUUGGGAUUACCAGAGUUGCACAGAAAUGGUGAUGCCUUUAUGUACAGAUGGUGUAAAUGAUAUGUUUGAACCAAUGGAAUGGGAUUUCAAAUUGUAUUCUGACAUCUGCAAAAAGACCUGGGGAGUGCGCCCAAGACCUAACUGGAUCACCACGGUUUAUGGUGGGAAAAAUAUCAGUUCACACAGCAAUAUUAUCUUCAGCAAUGGUGCUUUGGAUCCUUGGUCAAGUGGAGGUGUGACUAAAUCUAUCUCCAGUACCUUGCCUGCUAUUUUUAUUCCUGAAGGAGCUCAUCAUUUAGAUCUACGUUCCAGUAAUAAACAGGAUCCUUCCUCGGUCCGAAAAGCACGAUCUCUGGAACUUAAUUAUUUUAAAAAGUGGAUAAAAGAAGCAAAAUUUCAAUCACAUGGCAGCUACAGUUCUAUAUGAACGUGGAAUAAAGUUCUUAAAGUUUGCUGAUUUCUCAAUUGAUUUACAAUAGUUCCUUUUUGGAGUUUGCUGUGGGGUAAUUUACACCUAUCAGGAUCCUGAUAUUCCUUACAAGAAAUUUUAUAUUUUGUAAUUGUGUCUAUAACUGAGUGAUACUAGUCUAAAACCAAGAGGAAGUAUCAAUCUAGUUUUUUUAAUCCCAUUUGGGCUUUGUUAAUCUGUUACCUUUUAUGUGCCGAUAUAACCAUUAACAUGUUUCAUUAUUAUUUUGUAUUAAUUUGCUUUCGUGAAUUGUGGUUUGCUGGUCAGAUCUUGAUUUCAAAUUUAAAUUGUAUUUUGCUGGAUUUGUGAACAUUUCCAUUGUUUGAAAACUGAAAAUGAUGUAAAACAAGUUUCAGUGGCUCAGACCUUGCCAUUUUAAGACUUGUAACUCAAAAUGCACAUCUUUUACUAUUAUAAUUUUUAAUAUUCUACCCAGUGCCUUUCAAUGUUACAUUUAUCCUGUUAUCAUUUGUCCUUUUGAUACCAUGCUGUACCUCUGAAUAAAUUAAAUUCAGUUUCUGCAUG